UAUAUUACAGUUAUAUUUACUAAUAUUUAUGUGAAUGAAUAUGUGCAUAUAGCAUAGUAUAAUAGUAGUGUAGUAUAGUGCCUCGUUUGUCAUUAAACUAGGUUAUAUGGAGUUAUUCAUGUUGCAUAUGUAAGACUGCACAUCUGUAUCUGCCAGUGAAGUCUGUAACAUUCAUAUAAUAAUGUAACAUAUUAUUAUUUAGUAUUGUUCCAUAUGUGGAGCUUUUAACUUGUUCACCUUGUGCAAAAGGGAACCCACCAGUACCAGGAAACAGCCCGGCAAAGGUCACGCUGAUUAUUUAUUGGCAAUCUGCCAAGAAAGCGCGCGAGCACGUGUGUCUGUUCUGUGCGUGCGUGUGUGCGCGAGCGUGCGUGUGUUUACGGGAAGAACCGCUGAACGGAGGAGGCGGAGCCUUACGAACAUCGACUUUACUCACAAGAAACAACCUCCAGUAACCUUCCUCCACACACGGACGGACACGAUCUCUCCGGCGGAUACCGCCACCACAUUCCUCCGCUCAGGAAAGAAACCCACACACUUUUUGGAUACUUUUUUUGGAUUUUAAUGCCUGAGUUAAUAAUUAAUUUAGCACUACUCUCGGGUAGUUUGCAUAUAUUUUCCUUUGGCGACGAGCGGCUGCGGUGCGGGGCUGAACAUAUCUGCGAGCUGUGUUUAGGUGCUCUCUCCCAGCCCCUCUCUGGAUGCAUCAGACUCCUCUGCCCCGGGGCCCUGGACCCGGUGUGUGACCCCGCCACCCUCACCCCAUUCCCCCUCUUUUCCCUCCCCCUCUGCCCCAAACUCCUUCCCACCUGUCUACUUUGGCGCUCCUGUUCUGGGCCCCCUGCCUCUCAACCAGCGGGCAGAGGCAGGGGGCCAUGCCGCCAUGGUAGCCUUCAGCAGACGCAACCCCCUCGCCAUGAGCAGCGUGACCCCUCCGGAGGGCAGGGUUCAGGGGUCGAACUUCACCCCGCAUCACUACAAGCCCUUCAGCUCGCAUGCACACUACCAGCAGGUGAUGUGUGCAUUGCGUAAGCUGCAGGAGAGUGGUUUCUACUGGGGAGCCGUGGGGGGCCGGGAAGCCAGCUCCUUGCUGCGCUCUGAACCGCCCGGCACCUUCCUGAUCCGCGACUCCUCGGACCACCACCACUUCUUCACCCUCUCUGUCCAGACGGCUCGAGGAACAAAGAAUCUGCGCAUCCACAGCGAGGGAAGCGGCUUCUUCUUACAACCAGACCCCCAAAACACCCAAGAGCCACCGCAGUUCGAUUGCGUGCUGAAACUCAUAGCGCACUACAUGGGGAAAGGGUUGGAUGCUGGGAGGAACAGAGAAGGGGCAUGUGGGGGCAAUUCACGAGAGGCAGAAAAAAAUCGGUGCAGCGUGUAUCUGAUCCACACGAACGGAGAGAGGAUUCCCCUGGAACUGCGGCGGCCUCUCUCGAGGGCUCUCUCGUCCCUGCAGCACAUGUGCAGGAGGACCCUGAACAACCUGGGGGGGUCGGAGCGAGCCGAGCAGCUCCCGCACACACUUAGAGACUUCCUGGAGGAGUAUGAUGCUCCUAUAUGACUGACAGGAACCGCAGAGGUUCCACUACAGACCAGUUCUCAACGCAUACGUGAAUAUGCGAUUCUGACCAGAUUUAGCCUUAGACGCCAAUGUGAGGUCAGCUUUUCAUUGUGAACCACAUCGACCCAGAGUCCCCAACUGACCUCUGGGAUGAGGAGUGUGCUUUAGGUAAACAAUGAUUACCUCGUCCGUCCUGCCUUGCAAAAACUGACCACUAAUGUGAGUGGCAAAUGAAGCCAGAGGUCAAAGGUCAAUGUUUCCUAUGACAGACGCAGAGCAGAGCCUCGUAGAAGACUAACCUGAUUGGUCGAUAUUAGCGACGACCUGAUCGACACACCACCGGUGAUCCCCGUGGGUUUAUUUUGCUUAAGAAGAAACCCUCUCCUCUCCUCUGUCAGCCUGACAUUUAUAUCUCUUUGGAUCAGUGGACAGAAAGAAAGACGACAAAGAACAGAAAGGUUCAGAGGGGGCGACUGAAGGAGGAGCCGCAGAGAAAAGGCAAAGUCCAAGCGAGGGCCACAAAGCGGAGAACAUACAGUAUUUGUUUGUUUGAGUGUGUGUGUUUGUGUGUUGCGGUGGCGCACUCAUUUCCAUUGCUGCUUCCCGCAAAUGUUGCCUCAUAGAGAGGCGAGGGAGAGGGGUGGUCAUGCACGCUAUCGCCACACACACACACACACACACACAGAGACACACACACACACACACACACAGGUACAGGUCAGCAUGUGGGUUUGUGUUAGCGUGGGAACAACAUAGAAAUCAUCUUUUUCUUCUCCUAUUUGUUUUAUCGGUUCUCCUCCAUUACCCUUUUCCCUGCAACCCUUUGAGUUGCAUGUGCGCUUUGACAGUGACAGAAAACAGACUGAUGUAGCCGACACAAAAGCUUGUUACUGAGACAAAAGCCUUGGCACACCACCAAACAAAACAGCAGAACUUAUUUUUAUCCAGACUGGUUGGAAAAAUGUCAGCGACCCUGUAAAAGCUCCUUGGGAAAUGACGACAAUGAUGAUGAUGAUGAUGAUCCAAGAGAUUGGGGGGAGGCAGGGUGAGAGGAAGGAUUGAGCUAAGGAGAAAGAAGAGCGGGAAAUGGGAUUAGGAAAGGGACAUUGAAGACAACUGGGGA